AUGGCUGCCUACUCCUCUCACUACUACGCCAGCGGGGUGCCCAUCCCAUCCAAGGAUGCAAACGCCUCGUACACAUACCCCUACGGAUACAGCAACGCCUCGUACGGUGUCUCACCCCCAGAGACGACAGACCCAUCUGUUGUGUCAUCCGGGGGAGCGACCUACUCGUACGGCGGCAGCAGUGCUGCCACUGCCUCAUCGGGGCCUUCAGCCAUGGCAGGCGGUGACAACUGCUACUACUAUGGCAGCGACAGCACUGCAUCUGCCAGCGGCGUUGACUUCAACGAGUACAUGCAAGACCGCUUCGCAAAUGCCUUCGAUCCUCUGCCAUUAGACCGAAGCCUAGUUACACAGGCACAGACUUCUGGUACUCUCAAUGCCAAGCAUCGUGAGCUCCUGGAGCUACAAGCGAAGGCGCAGGCACGUCUAGCCAAGUCGCGCGCCCGCUUUGCAGAUGGCGUGCGAGAUGCACAGGAGGUGCGAACGAAUCUCGAGUGGACGUCGAAGAAAGUAUCGUAA